UCCAUUUAAAUAACCAAUAGGCUGGUGAAAUUAGGAAUGUAUUGUGCUUUUUCUCACUCUAUUAUUAUUAUUCUGCAAAUGUAAUGCUUGCCAUUUCUCUCCGGUCCCCUAGAAGGCGCUAAAGAUUCAUCCAACCACAUGACUGCAGCCGUAGCAGCAAAUGAAUCACUACGUCCUGUCUGGACAAAAACAAUGGAAGCGACUCUUCGCGAGCGCCGCCAAAAGAUAUUUACGUGCCAGUCGUGUGGUCUAAGCUGUCCUUACACUUCCUACGGACAGAAACCACCGAACACCAGAGCCAUUGUGUUGCUGGAGGAGUGCUAUGUGACGAAAGACCCCUUCAGUCCAGAGAAAGAGAAGUUCCUCGUUUUGGGUUCCAAGUGCAGCCUGUGUGGCGCUACCAUUUGUGUUGGUUCGGACUGCAGCCUCUUCUACACCAAGAGGUUCUGCCUGCGCUGCGUCAACGAAAACCUGCAGCAAUUUCCCCACCAGAUCCGGACCGAGCUGACCAAGAAGCAGCCGCGAUAGGUUUACAGUCCUUUUUUUUUUUUUUUUUUUUUUAAUUAAACACCAUGGGACACUUAAGCACCUCCGAAAUAGAAUGCCGAUGGUGUGUUUUUAUUCAUACGCUUGAGAGUGAUUUCUAAUAUUUUGUCAUUCAUCACUAAAUAUUUCCUUCAUUGGAUCUCUUACU